GAGCCAAGCAGGCUCAUCCCCAAGGCCAAGUCCAUCCCUCAAGCUCCAAACGCAUCCGUGGAAUCAUCAGUUCUUCUUCAUCCCCCAACUUGAUAAGGAUCAAGAUCGAGAAGCAGCAAGCUCGCUUAGACAGCAGCCAAGGAUCAAAGGGAAUGGCAGCGGCGGCGGGGAGCGUUCAGCGCCAAGGCCGCGGCAGCGCCCGGUUCGCGGCGGCGUGCGGCGUGCUGAGCCAGUACGUCAAGGCGGCGGCGACGGCGGCGGAGGCGCGGCCGGUGGCGGUGCUCCCUCUCAUGCCGGGCGCGGACGUGCCCGUCGCGCACGAGGCGGAGGCGGCCGGGCCGGCGCCGCAGCAGCUGACGAUCUCGUACGGCGGGGGCGUGGUGGUGCUCGAGGACGUCCCCGCCGACAGGGCAGCCGAGCUGCUCCGCCUCGCGGCCGCGCAGGGGGCGGCGCCGCGCGCGCUGGCGGCGGGCGACCUGCCGGUGGCGAGGAAGGCGUCGCUGCAGCGGUUCAUGGAGAAGCGCAGGGGCCGCGCCGCCGCGCGCGGGACGCCCUACAGCCGCCCGGACGCCGCGUCGCCGCACUCGGACCAUCUCGCACUCGCGCUCUGAUUCGCGUGCUGUUGCUGCUUGUUACUAGUUGUUACCAGUACGUGUUUGUAGCAUAGUAGGAAGAUGGAUUGAACAGAGAAUGAAAUGACUCCAAAUUGUUCCUUGCAGUCCGAAUGGAGAUGAAAUUUCUUGCGCGUUUU